CCUCUCCUGCUAGCAUCCUAAUUCGUGUUGCAACUGUUUGUUAAGAGAAUUUGGAAAAGUGAUCAUGUCAACGAGCACAAGCCCCCAUGCUCACCAACAUCAGCAUGCUCAAAGCACGAGUCAUAAUCCCUGGGGAAGCACAAGUGGCACAGGCACCCUCGGUACGUCUCUUACUGAUACCUUCGGGCAGUCUAGGACGCAUUACCAGCCAGGCUACAUGAUGUCCGUGGCGCAACAUAAUGUCAUGUCCCCCAGCGCACAAAAUACAGACGAAAUUCCCGUCGUGCAGACCAAGGCAAAAAUAAACAAGGGUCUGUCCCGUGGAGCCUCGCAUUUUGGUGCCGAGUCGAUGUUCGAGAGUUCGAGCACGCAAAGGCAAGCGUUCACGGACAUGGACGCGCCACCGACCAGUUCAGUCAAUGAUAUAUUUCGUGAGGGAUCUUCUUUUGGCGAGUCCCAACGGGCAGUUCUUCCCCCUUCGCGCCCCUUCUCCCUCUCAAACUCUUCCUCUAUGUUGAACAUCUCCCAGUCUAAAACACAUACCCAAUCAAGCACCCCAAACCAACCGACCUAUAUAAUCGUUUUUGGCUAUCCACCGGACAGAUAUUCCCUCACCGUAGAAUAUUUCCGCUCGCUUGGCGCAAGCACCGAACCAGAGCCCAAUACGGAGAUUGUGAACGCGUUCAGAAUCGGAUUCCGUGACCCUGGCGAAGCUAUGCGUGCAGUCAGGAGAAAUGGGGAGGUCUUGGGGGGAACUUGGAUGGUUGGCGUUAAAUGGGCUGACUCUACUCAGGACCCCCGCGGACCUGAUUUCUCGGCAUCUACUUCCCCACCACGGGCGCAAAUCCAGACUUCACAAGUACAAGCGCAUACGGACGGAAAUGCGAUGGUGGUGGAUAGCGCUGCUACUGUUGGGACGCCGAUCAAGCUUGCGCCGUCUGUAGCUGCGUUCCGUAAAGCUCCUGCGCCGGCACCCCAAAAAUCUGCGCACGCCAUGCCUGUACCGGUUGUUAAUGCGCAACAGAGUCCUGCGAAGGGCGUGCUUGGGCAGGUUGGGGAUCUGUUAUUUGGGUGGUAGUCAUAUUCUUACUCUGGUAUGAGUGCCCUUUUGUUUUUGUGAUGUCUGCAGAUGCAUAUAUAUGGAUGCGUCUUUGAAU